AUGAGAUUAUCCUCACUGCUUUAUACAAUCUUCAUUAUCAAGCUAGUGAGGUCUGAAAAGAAGGUUACCUUUAAUGUGUCACAGCCUGACCUAAAUAAUACGACACUUGAGACUCGUCAAGACUCCGGAAUAGAGGUCAAGACGUAUUCUCCAAGGGAUGGCUUUCGUAUAGAAUCGGUUAAAUAUGGAGAUAAAGAGCUAUGGAGUUCUUCCAGCUCCGGUCAAGAAGCCUGUAAAAGCAUACAGUUUCACUCCAAAGGAGAGACAAAACUCAUUGCUUUGUGGAUUGUCAAUGAUAAUAACACACUAGACAUUAAGCGCUUUAACAAGGUUGGUACAGAAUGGAAGCCUUUAGAGCUUGAAGAUUUUAAUGACAAGAUUCGGGAAGCAAAAGGUCAAGAGGCAGGAUCAAAUGAAGGUACUAGGCCCACUCCUGUGGCUGAUUACAAAUCCAAGAUUGAUUCUGCUAUUUUUAAUGUGAGAGUAUCCAGUCAUAACGGUGUUCCACUCUUGACCUGUACACCAAAGGAUAAGAAGAAGCCUACACAACUUGUUUAUGGAGGUGAGACUAUAUGGGAUGGAGGGGAAGAGGCACUUUUCCUAUCAGCUCUAAUCUACUUUAAAGGAGAUAAACCAUGUGUUGUAACAUUGAGCAAGAAAGAAAAUGGCAAGGAUCACACUCUCUUCCUCCAUAAGGAUGAAACAGGAAAAUGGGUUAAUGACAAGAAUAAACAUGCAGAAAAGCUUAAGGAACUUCAAGAUGCCGCUAGACCAAAAGAACCUCCAGAAACAGCCAAAGGUCAUGUAGAAUAG